ACGGUUCAUUCACGAUUGAUCUCUGCUUCUGCCACGAAUCAUCGCUCUGGUCACACUCUGACUGUGUGCUCGACCGACGGCACUGUCUCCGAUACGUUAGUUCUAUCAGCGGCGAUUUGACACUUGACCCUUGCCGGCCCAAGCGUUCGUAUCGCGGCGGGUUAAUCGCGAGCGUUCCGCGGAAUCGGCAGUCCCGCGCCGAUCAUCGCGCGCACUUAAUUACACUAGUGCCGAAUUCCGUCGUCUGCCAGCCAUCGAUCACGUGUAUCCGCACGUGGAUCCGCGAUCGCAUCUCCCCCGUAUUACGCUAAACUCGCGCGAUACCCCGAAGACGCGUUCGACGUUCCGACGUAGAAACGGUAAACGAUAAAUCAAUCUCUUCUUUUCCCUUCUUUUCUUCUCUUUUCUUUUUUUUAUGUCUCGCCGCGAUACGAGAUUUUUUUCUCGACUGGUUUCGUCGAAUUGAUGUGUGCCAGCAUAUGCAAUCAUCCCAGUUAAGAAAACGGAUCGAGGACACGCACGUGAAGGAGGUGCACGUGGAGAGAAUCACGCUCGCGACUGCCGCAGAUGAUUAAUAACUUGAUCUUGGAUGAUAUGGGGAACGUAAUGCAAUUGGAUAAAACUCAGGACGGGGAGAAUCUCAAGUGCAAUGACACGGAACUGCCAAUCGACAUGCGUUUCAAUGAUGGCCACAUAGUGACGAUUGUCACUUAUAGCAUUCUGAUGGUGAUAUCGGCCGCUGGAAAUAUCUCUGUGCUAAUAAUGACCAUAAUAAAGAAACGAAAGUCCAAGUCCAGAAUACAGAAUCUCGUAAUGCACUUGUCGAUCGCUGACCUCUUUGUAACAUUUCUGAUGAUGCCGCUCGAAAUCGGAUGGGCGAGCACAGUAUCCUGGGAGGCAGGAGAUGCGAUGUGUCGUAUAAUGGCUUUCUUCAGGAUAUUCGGCCUGUACCUUUCGUCCUAUAUAAUAAUCUGCAUAAGCAUAGACAGAUAUUACGCCGUGAUGCGACCCCUCCAGAUACUGGAUGACAGGAGAGGGAAAAUAUUGCUGAUACUCGCAUGGAUUGGUUCUAUACUUUGUUCUAUGCCACAGAUGUUGGUGUUCAGUCUCGAAAAGCAUCCGAAUCAUACUUGUUAUACCCAAUGUGUAACAUUCAAUACCUUCCCAUCGUACAUGCAUCAAGUUUCGUACAGUCUGUUUGGCAUGGUGACGAUGUACUGGUUUCCCCUGAUUGUAAUAUUCUACACUUAUACCAGUAUUUUCUUGGAGAUCUGCCGUAGAUCAAAGGAGAGGAUCGAAGACAAAAUACGUCGUUCCUCGAAUGGUUUUCUAAGUCGAGCACGAGUACGCACUUUAAAAAUGACGAUAACCAUUAUCGCUGUCUUCAUUAUCUGUUGGAGUCCCUAUUACGUGAUGAGCGUUUGGUAUUGGAUCGAUCGACCGUCGGCCCUCAAAGUCGACCUACGCAUUCAAAGAGCUCUUUUCUUCUUCGCGUGCACCAACUCCAGCAUGAAUCCCAUUAUCUAUGGCAUUUUCAACAUACGACAGAGGAACAAAGCAAAGCUUCAGUCCCAUCCUCUUCUAAAACCCAACACAACUAUGGAACUUCCGGUCGUUGCGUACGCUAGAGAUUCCAUUUUCACCAUUUUCGUAAUAGCCCUACCGGUUCUUUUUAAUCCUCCGACUUUAUAUAACAGACGUCCAUCGCAUGAUCGUAAUGAUAAUUCGUUAUCUUGAUUGCUAGUUGAUUAGUAAAAUCUCCCAUUACGCAUUCCCACAUGCAUUAAACAAAUUAAAAUUAAUAAGAACGACAUCGUACAUUGUUGCUUUCGUGAAGAAAUGAAGAAAGCGCAGGUUUAAAAUAGAAUAUAGCGGCUACAAAAGACAAUGCUGAAUACCUAAAAAAAAAA